UCCAACGCCCAUCUCUUCCAUCACCUUCGUCCACAACUUUAAAUUCCACCUAACAAACAUCAUCCAACUCUCCAACACCAUCAUCAUGCAGAUCCAAGCAAUCCUACUCCUCUUGGUCGCCACAGUCUCCGCCUGGCAAUGCUUCGAUCAUGAUGAACACUUUACCACGAACCAUGCCCAGUUGGCUGAAGGCAGUGAUCCCAACAACCAGUGGGGAUACUGCCCAUCUGCCAAGGGAUGUUGCGCCGAUGGUAAGACGUGGUACGCCUGCAAGAACGUGGUGCUGCCUGCAGUGUCUCUGGAGGCAGGACUUCUUGCUAGAGUUAUCGUGAGCUACGGACUCACGUAGUUUCGUCGAGACCAUUACACACAGAAGCAAUCUACUAGUUCCCAAAAGCAACAUACCAUACAAUCGAAUGCUGGAAUGAACAUAAAGGGCAACCCUGUAUUUGGUACGGAUGCUAGCUGUGCCUACUCACAUUGCGAUGCCCUCAAUAAUGCAUUGACACGUUUGAGAU